AUGUCCGGCGACAAGAUGAAGGCAGUGCACUACGAGGGACCGUUCAAGGUCUCCGUGAAGGAGGUUGGACUACCAAAGAUCGAGCAUCCAGAUGAUGUAAUCGUCAAAGUGACAACUGCAGCCAUUUGCGGUUCAGAUCUGCACAUGUAUCAAGGCCGAACCGCUGCUGAGUCAGGACUGGUGUUCGGCCAUGAGAACAUGGGUGUUGUAAUUGAGAAGGGCGCAGGUGUGACUUUGCUGGAGAAAGGAGAUCGCAUUGUUAUGCCCUUCAACGUCGCCGACGGAAGAUGCCAGAACUGUGAGGAAGGCAAGACAGCGUUCUGCACAGGAGUCAACCCCGGAUUCGCAGGCGGCGCAUACGGGUACGUCGCCAUGGGGCCCUACCAGGGUGGUCAGGCGCAAUAUAUCCGUGUGCCUUUCGCCGACUUCAACGCGUUGAAGCUUCCGAAGGGAACAGAGCACGAGGCAGAUUUCAUUCUGCUGGCCGAUAUCUUCCCCACCGGCUGGCACGGACUGGUCCUCUCCGGAUUCAAGAGCGGCGAGAGUGUCGCAGUGUUCGGAGCUGGCCCUGUUGGUUUAAUGGCAGCGUACAGCGGUAUCUUGCGGGGCGCCAGCAGGGUAUUUGUCGUCGACACCGUCCCAGAGCGACUGAAGGCGGCAGAAAAGAUUGGCUGCAUAGCAAUUGACUUCAGGAAGAGCGAUCCUGUUGAGCAGAUUAUCAAGGCCAAUGGUGGUAUGGUCGACCGGGCAGUUGACGCUGUGGGCUAUCAGGCAGUGGACUCCUCGGGAUCGAAAGAGAAACCGAACAUCGUCCUUGACCAAUUGAUCAUGGUAACACGUCCCACUGGUGGUCUUGGCAUACCAGGAUUGUAUGUACCGGCAGACCCUGGCGCGCCGGAUGAGCAGAGUAGGAAGGGACAGAUUCUGAUAUCGUUCGGAAAGCUCUUCGAGAAGGGAUUGUCGUUGGGCACAGGACAGUGCAACGUCAAGGCCUACAAUAGGUAUCUACGUGAUAUGAUCAUCUCGGGCAAGGCAAAGCCAAGCUUCGUUGUCUCGCACGAGAUUGAGAUUGACAGUGCACCGGAAGCGUACCAGAAGUUUGACCAGAGGAUCGACGGAUACACUAAGGUGCUGAUUCACCCCAACGGGCCACUGAACUGA